AUGACCACCAACAUGCUCCCAGUAGACACCAUCGUUCGCAUAGCUCUGCGCGAGCAUGACGGAGAAUCUCCGGAUGUGACCGCGUACACCGAGCAUAUUACCGCUGCUCUCGCAAAGCCUGACGAGAUCCCUGUAUUCUCUUCCACAUCGUCUCCCCUCUCGCUUGUUCGCUUCCGCUGUCUUCUCCAGGACACCGGCUACCCAGCCGAAGUCUACCUUCCUGGCGACGACGCAGAGGAGGCGGAAGCUAGCAGCUCGAGCCAGGUCGACUGGGGCAAGCUGCAGGAGCGCUGGGUUGGAUGGGCCGUUGAGGUUCCCGGUGAACAGCAGUGGGCAAAGGAGUCGAGCGCGUCGACUAGUUCCAUCACCGCGGAUCUCGCCGCGCUCUCCGUGUCCAGUUCGGCGACCGCCCUCCCGCCGGUGGUCAAGAACAAGUACCCCCUCGCUGCUCUAGGCGUGGACAACUAUCUCGGCGCCUUGCUCAAGGUGUACGAUGCCGACGCCUCGUUCCGCCCUGCCUCGGCAUACGACGUGGUCGGUAUCGUCUCGGCCGCUCCUGUGCCCACACCAUACGCCGCAGACGGCGAGGACGAGCCCCCACUCGUCCCUGCUAUCCACGUUAUUUCAGCUCCCACCCCGGCAUUCCCACCAGCCGAGCUUCCUCAGGACGGCGAGGCCACUCGCGCUGCACUCGUCGCGCACCUCGCCUCGGCCUUUUUCCCUCCCGACGUUGUCGCCGCCGAGCUCCUCGUCCUUGCCCUCAUCGCCGCACCCGCGACCCGCGCUGGCGGCCUGCCCCUCGGUACGCUCGCGCUUAACAUUGUCCGCCCCACUCCGUCGGCCACUCUCGAGCAUGUCCUCGCGCACCUCACCCCGGCACUUGUCCCGCUCCCCAUCUCCCUGCCGCUCCUGCAUGGCGCCACGUUCACCCCUUCCUCGUCGGACGGUACCUCGCUCGCGCCCGGUCUCCUCCAGCUGGCCCCCAAUACCCUCCUCCUCGUCGACGAGGAUGGCCUCGGUGACGGCGGUGCGCUCGCGGAACGUGCAGUCAAGAACGUCCAGGCCCUCACGCAGGCCAUCACCGACCAGACUGUCCGCUACGAGUACCCUUACAUGGACGGCCUGAAGAUGGAGUGUUCGCUGCGGUGCAUCGUCACGUCCGAGGCUACCUCCCUCCUGCCUUCUGACGUGAGCGUUCCGGCCACGCUCGCGACGUCAGCCCCCUCGGCCCCGGAGGCCGACCUGGCAAAGUUCAGGUCGUACCUGUCGUACGCCGGCGGUGCCGCGCACGCCGGCACGUUCUCCAUCCCCGCGGCCGUCGGCGAGGCUGUGCAGGACGCGUUUGUCGAGGACCGCCGUGUGGCAGGUACGGGCGGCGCGGCGGCUGCCGAGGCGCGCCUCACGCGCCGCAUGAAGGUUGCCCGUCUCCUGGCCCUGUCGCACGCGUCGGCAGAGCUGAGCAGGGACGUGUGGGACCGCGCGGUCGAGAUUGAUGCCGAGGUCGAGAAGCGCGUGUCGGCGCGUGACGCCGAGAGGAGGGAGAAGAAGCUCGGCGCGCCGACGGUCAACGGCACUGAUGCCGCUGCCGCCACCACCCCCACCGCGGCGGCAUGA